GGAGGAUGUCAAGAUGGAACAGCUGAGAGGGCUGGGUCCGCCAUGAUUGACAGUCAAUAGCGUGUAUCAGUUGUAAAGUAUUUUUACGUUUUAUAUGGAUUUACAUCAAUAUCCGAGCUCAAACCACUGAAUUUCGAGAUUCGAGAGGAUCAUUCUAUAAGUUUGGAUUAUAUUACCUUGGAUACAUUGGUCUAUUACUGCAUUUUUAAUAGGUUGUGGUGUGCUUUAUACUAAGACCCCAUUGACAUCUCCAUAGCAUUGACCUCUGACCCUGUACCGCAAUGCCCGCGGGCACGACUGCCCAUCCCACACAUGAAAAUACACUCAAUUAUAAUUUCCGUCAAGCUACCAAAGAGCCUGUGAUAAGGAACGGAGACGAGUCCGCAGCUAGUAUCUUGCAAUCUGUAAAAGAACAGGAGGCCCAAUUUGAGCAGCUGACGAGAGAACUUGAGGCAGAACGCCAGAGUGUCGCUAACCAACUUGAACGGAUCAAGGUUGGCAGUGAUUCGGCGAGUAUGAAUAGCUACGAUUAUGACGAUAGUUAUCGGGGACAGAACGGUGGAGCCCCUACAGCUACAUCGACCACCGAGUCAUAUUACGACUAUGGUGAAGAAGGGGUGGAUUUAAGCAAUGCGGGCAACAAUCAACUUGUAGAUUCCUGCCUAAGAGUUCUACAAGAAAGAGGUUUAAUGGGAGAUGACCAACAGAAUGACCAAUACCCUGAUGAAGGUCCACCCCUCCCUCCUCCCAGCAGCGAACAUUACCGCACAGCAACCUAUUCCACAAGAACCAUGAAUGGCCCCAACGGGACAGCCACUCAAUACGAGAGAUACGGGGAUGUUGGCCCAGAAUCUCCUAACAUGUCUUACCUUUCUAUACAAAGUGACCAACCAGCAGAGCAACAAAGAGUCACAAAAGUAACAAAAGUUGUAACAACACGUCACAUAACACAGUCCGGAGAUGUCCCGCAGAAUGACCAGUUGGACAAUUAUGCAACGUACAGUUCAUUGAGGUCUUCAUCACAAGCUGAGGAUCCACCUCCGCUGCGGCCCGCCCAGGGGCCCCCUACCCCCACAAGGUUUACGAACAACCAUGACUUCACUUAUAACAGCCAUAAUUAUGAAAACUACUAUCCUAGCCUUAGAGAAAAUGAAUAUAACAGAGACCCCUAUAUUCAGCAACAGGAAACAUAUACCACUAAUGAUGAUAGGUAUAUCCCCCAGCCAGAUGAUAGGUAUGCCCCACGCAUGGCUGAUGACAGAUAUGCCCCACAGGUAGCUGAAGAUAGUUUUGUACCCAAUGAAGAUCCAUACAGUUUUAAAAAGACUACAACUACUACGACGACGAUCCUUGCUGACCAGAAGUACAGGGACCAAAGCCAGUACCCCGAGGACCCCUACAGUUCACAGCCUAACGACUCCUUCAGUAAUCCUCCUGAUGAUCGCUACCCUGAUGACAGUCGCUAUGGCAACCCUCCUUCAUCAGCUUUCAGAACACAGUCACCUACAGAACCCCGUUAUGGUAGCCAGACAGAUGAUCGCUAUGGUAACCCCCCUACAUCAGCGUUUAGAACGCAGUCACCAACAGAGCCUCGUUAUGGCAGUCAAUCAGAUGAUCGCUAUGGUAACCCUCCUACUGAUGUAUACGGCAAUGGCCCUGACAACCGUUACCCUAAUGAUCGCUAUGACGGCAUAGAUCUUGACAAGUACAAUAGACAACAGACUCCUUCCCCAGCAGGGGGUAGUGACAGAUUUGGGGGACCCCCAGGAUAUACAGAACGGGCAGACUAUAACUCCCUACAGAGGUCCCCAGGGGGCAGACCCCUUUAUGAUGAUGAACCCCCAAGACCAGCCUAUCCUGAGGGAAUACCCCAGGUCCAGGAAGGCCUCGUUGGAGGGCCUGACUUUGACCCCAGAAGGUCACCCUCAGUGGACAGUGCAACUAGAGAAAUGAGAUGGCGGGAUCCUGACCUACCUGAAGUGAUCGAGUUCCUGAGCCAUCCUAAUGAUGCAAUAAAGUCAAAUGCCGCAGCCUACCUGCAGCAUCUAACCUUCCAUGAUGAUGAUGUUAAGGCUAAAACCAGGUCACUAGGGGGAAUUCCAGUCCUUGUUGAGCUGCUAAGCCAUGAGAUACCAGAAGUUCAUAGAAAUGCCAGUGGGGCUCUCAGGAAUCUGUCCUAUGGUAAACCAAAUGAGGAAAAUAAGAAAGCUAUUAACAACGCUGGGGGUCUACCAGCUUUGGUUCAUUUACUGAUGAAGUCAGUUGACAAUGAUGUCAGAGAGCUUGUCACUGGCAUUCUUUGGAACAUGUCUUCAAGUCCAACCCUGAAGAAGCCCAUAAUAGAUGAGGCCUUGGCUCCCCUAGUGAGGCACGUGUUGAUCCCAUACUCUGGGUGGGACCAGAACAUGGACCCCAAUCAACCCCCCAGGGAUAUUCACAACUGGUCAACUGUGUUCAGAAAUACAACAGGAAUUCUGAGGAACAUCAGUUCAGCAGAUGAGUAUGCCAGAAAGAAAUUACGAGAGUGUGAAGGGCUCGUAGAUGCUCUACUACAUAUUGUAAAAGCUGCUAUCGGGAAGAACGACAUUGAUAACAAGUCUGUAGAGAACUGUGUAUGUGUCUUAAGAAACCUGUGUUAUGCGUGUCAGGAAGUUUCAGAUAAGAAGUAUCUUGCAAAGAAAGCUCAAGCCCAACAGAAUGAUGCAGAAAAUCCUGGCUGUUUCGGAGGAAGUAAGAAAAAUAAAAAGCCAGCAAAUGAAUCUAAAAACCAGAAUAGUCCACAAAAUAGUAUACCUAAUGUUGACCCCAACCAAGGUAUGGGAUUGCUAUGGAGACCAGAUGUCGUACAUGUGUACCUCCCACUUUUAUCUGACUGCUCCAAUCCCGAGACUUUAGAAGCUGCUGCGGGAGCCAUUCAGAAUUUGGCAGCCUGCGAAUGGCAGCCUUCAAUUGAUAUCCGAGCUGCCGUAAGAAAAGAGAAAGGAUUGCCAAUUAUUGUUGAGCUGCUAGGUCUGGACAACGACCGUGUAGUCCGCGCUGCAGCCACUGCUCUCCGCAACCUUGCCAUCGACACUAGGAACAAAGAACUAAUAGGAAAAUAUGCGAUGCAACAACUGGUGAUAAAGCUUCCCCAUCCCCAAGAAAACAAAUCACCAGAGCAACUUCCGUCAAAUGAGACAAUUUCAGCCAUCAUAGCUACAUUGUAUGAAGUCAUCAAGAAAAGUUCUGAAUUCGCCAUGUCAAUUGUAGAGAAGGAAGGAGUGGUUAGGUUACAUCAUAUAGCAACUAGCAACAAAUAUACUAAUAAAGUGAACAAGUUCGCAGCAACAAUAUUGAACAAAUUAUGGGAAUUUAAAGAUCUUCAUCCUGAAUAUAAAAAGAAGAAUUAUUCUGAGAAAAUGUUUAAAGUAGCAGUUAGGCCAGGCAGUAACAAAUCUCCACCAGUUAGUGCUAACAACACCUUGCACAGACCCAGGGCUGACCUAGGGGGUGGUCCAUAUGGUGCUGAAUAUAACGAUAAAACUCUUCCACCAAUCAACAGACAGAACCCUAAUCAUGUGAUGGGUCGCAUGGAUGAUAUGGACCCAGUAGCCAAUAGGAUGCAAGAUUCAAGAGGGCCAAAUCCUUAUGGUACACGAGACGAAUAUGAAAUGAACAAUCGAAUGAGGGGCGAUGAGUCUGCGGCACAGGGAACUGACCCCUAUGUGACCUACUCUGGGGUGGAGCAGCCAGAUCCCAAAUAUAAUGACGACUACAGGCCCCCUGGGGGAGUGCCCCUCUUCACUAACCCAUCACUGAGUCAACAGUCGCAGCCUAGCAACCGUGAUCUCCAAGGAAAGGAGCCUUUAUACGCCCAGGUUGACAAACGAAACAAACGCCAAAAUCAGAGCCCUCACAGCCCUUCACAACGAGGCAUGCAGAUAGAGGGCAUGCCUGCAGAGGGUGGCCAGGGUGCAGACUCUUGGGUGUAACAUAGUUCCUCUAGCUUCCUAUAGGUGGCAGUGGAAAUGUUAUGCCAUCUGGUGAAUAGAUUUCAAACAUUGGAUAUGUGUUGUUCAUAUUUUAACAACAGCUCUUGGACUGGACAAUAUUAAAAUGUUGAGAAUUGUCCUCUUGCAUGUCCAAUUAUACCCAUCAAUGGAGAUCAGUGCCACCUAUUGGAGGCCGGGAGUACUAAACAUGUAUUUUAUAAAUCACCAAUUAUGAAAGCUGAGUAGGACUUUGCCUCAGUUAGACAGUUUUGUAGGUAACAUUUGUAAAAACUUGUACAUUAAUGCAUAUAUAGCAAUAAUCCACAUAUACAUUCUGUCGCACAGAGCUUUUAGACAUUAUGUCCUGUAUGAUAUGUCAUUUUAUAAUUAGGAACCAAUAUAUAAUUGCGUGGAAACUGUUCUGUAGCUUAUGAGAUAAUGGAUCAUGCCAGACACCAUAACUUAUACUGACAUUGCAUAUGUCAUGUUUGAGGAUAUUUUUAUAUGAGGCUGUUUGGAGCAACUGAACUUUGAAAGCUCAGCUAUGUAGGCGGAAAUGAGGAGUCCCUUGAAAGCAUGUAUCUUGGGAUCCUAGUGGGCGUAUGAGUACUUUCUGUGUGUGUGUGUGUGUACAGCUCCAAGCUAACUAAAAUAUGAAGAUACUGAAUAUUAGAGUGGCAAGAUCAAUUUUAAAUGUA